AUCCCCCUAAUAUCUUAAAUCAAAAUAGUCCAUUUCAAUGGCUAACACAAUGAUUAAUUCAAUCCUGUUCUUUUUCUUUUUCUCAUCUACCACCAUGUUUGCUUCAACUUCUGCUGCUGAUAUAAAAGGUGGUUACUGGCCUUCAUGGUUACAAAACACACUUCCUCCAUCAGCUAUACCUGCCUCUUAUUACACUCAUGUAUUCUACGCUUUCGCCGGAAUCAGUUCAUCAAAGUACCAGCUAGUUGUAAAACCAGAAGACGAACAAUGGAUGCCGAUUUUCACUACGUCUCUUCAUUCGAAAACUCCAAGUGUAAUCACUAUGUUAUCCAUUGGAGGAGGAGAUUCAAGCAAUCGUGCUGAUUUCGCUGCCAUGGCUAGUAGUCCUUCUAACCGUGCAAAUUUCAUCUCUUCCACAAUUCAAGUGGCUCGUAGAUAUAAUUUCGAUGGACUUGACCUUGACUGGGAAUACCCAUUAACUCAAGCAGCCAUGGUCAAUCUAGGAACUCUCCUCACAGAAUGGCGUGCAGCAAUUAAUGAAGAAGCUGGUCGAACAGGAAAGCCAAGACUUCUUCUAACUGCCGCUGUUUACUUCACGCCGAGCGCUUAUAUUCUAUCAAGCGAGCUCACAACCUACCCGGCGCAAGCAGUACGCGACUCCCUCGACUUUGUCAACUUAAUGUGUUAUGAUUAUCGUGGAGACUGGGAUACAUCUAAGACUGGUGCACAUGCUUUGCUUUAUGACCCUUCAAGUCAAAUUAGUACUAGUGCUGGAAUUCAGGCAUGGAUAAACGCCGGUUUGCCGGCAAACAAAUUAAUUAUGGGAUUACCAAUGUACGGGCGAACAUGGAAGUUGAGGGAUGCAAAUGUGAAUGGAAUUGGUGCACCUGCAGUCGGGGUUGGUCCAGGAGGAGGAGUUCUAACUUAUGCAGAUGUGGUAGAUUUUAACGGAGUUAGUGGGACUCAAGUGGUGUAUGAUGCAAGGACAGUAUCUAUGUAUUCUUACCGUGGAACUGAUUGGGUUGGAUAUGAUAGUCCUACCACUAUUGAUGUAAAGGUUAAAUAUGCUCGAGAUAAUAGACUCGGUGGGUAUUUCUUCUGGCGAAUUGGCCAAGAAAAGAAUUGGGAACUCACCACCCAAGCUUUAAGGUCAUGGGCGAGGUAGACAUAAUCCACAGGCACAUGCAGGACAUACAAUACCGUCAUCAGGCUUGCACAUCUACAUAAAAUAAGCAAAUUAUUGCGCUUAGCUACUUCAUCGCCAUUGUUUAUGGCAUAUAUGUAUGUAUUGUAAUCUCAUUACCAAAUGUAUUUACUGAAUAAUAGUGCAAGCAAUGAAAGAAAAUAAGGAAUCUCGAGUAAUA